AUGGGCUCGACAUCACUCCUCCAUCGGCUCGUAAAACGCAUCGAGACCAAGGAGUAUCGCACUGCAGGAUCGGAGGAGCGUCACCAGUGGCUUGACAACAAUGACUUGCGACCAGUCCCUUACGCAGACCGUACGUUUGGUUGGAAAUCGUACUUCUGGUUCUGGUUGUCCGCCAAUGCAACGCCAGCAUCAUUCUACGGUGUCUCGGCCGCCCUCACGGCAGGAUUGAGCGUCUGGGAAGCGCUUGCCUGUCAGCUAGGCGGGCAAAUCAUGAUUGCAGUGGUGUUUGUCUUCAACGGAAGAGCUGGCGCGGUAUACCAUAUCCCAUAUCCGACCAUUGUGCGAGCCUCAUUCGGCAUUUGGGGCUCCUACUGGCCUAUUGUCAACCGGGUGGUCAUGACGCUGGUUUGGACGGGCGUGAAUGCAGUCCAAGGAGGUGAAUGCGCCUAUGUGUUACUACACUCCAUCUUCCCUUCGAUUGCUAGGAUUCCGGACGUCUUCCCAUCGGGCGCGUCGGCCUUGAACUCAGGUGGUAUGAUUGGCUUCUUCGUUUUCUGGGUUUUGACCACGAGUCUUCUACAUAUCAAAAUCCCCAGCCUGAGGCCCUAUAUGUACACGAAGCUGAUCAUUUUCUUCAUCUGCUCGAUAUGUCUACUCGGCUGGGCUCUUGCCGAGGCUGGAGGAAUUGGACCCGUGGCCCGACAAGGCUCGACAAUCCAUGGUUCGACCAAAUCUUGGACAGUCGCUAGAUAUGUCUUCAUCUACUGUGCCAACGGAGCGACAUACGCAACCAAUGCCGCCGACUUUCUGAGAUAUGCAAAGAAGCCCAAGGACGCGUUCUGGCCACAACUGAUAGGCUAUCCCCUUUCGACCUUCGUGGUGGGCAUCAUCGGGAACCUGAUCGUUUCGAGCUCUACCAUUACUUUCGGAGAGUUGAUCUGGAAUCCCAUUAAUUUCAUGGACGCACUACUACAAAGGCACUACAACUCGGCCACCCGGGCCGGCAUUUUCUUCCUCUCUCUCGGCUUCCUCUACGCCUCCGUCAUCUCGUCUAUAUUCGAAAACUUCAUUCCUGCCGGCAAUGACCUUGCCGCGCUGUGGCCUAGGUUCAUCACCGUCCGACGGGGCUUCUACAUUGCCUCAUUGAUCUCCUAUGCAAUGUGCCCCUGGUAUAUUCUAGGGUCUGCGUCGAGCUUUGUUUCUUGGCUGUCCUCAUAUCAGAUAUUUCUGUCCUCGAUCACCGGUGUCAUGCUGUGCCACUACUUUGUCGUGUCCCGUGGGUAUUUCAAGGUCUCGGAUCUGUUCAUCCCCAGCCACGACAGUCUAUACUACUACAGUCGUGGCUGGAACUAUCGAGCCUAUAUUGCUUACGUGGUCGGCAUUGCGCCCAACUUCUACGGUUUCCUGGGUGUCUUUGGAGUUUCCAUCACUCUACCCGCCACAAGGAUGUACUACUUUGCCUACCCGAUGGGUCUGGCAUUGAGUUUUGGCACGUACUGGGCGCUGAACAAGCUCCAUCCGCCCGUCUGCUCGAAAAUGGGAGAGCACUUUCACGAGGUCCAGGCGGAGGCGGAUAGCACAAUCAUUGGAUCGGAGCCGGAAGUCAUUGAUAUCAAUCUGCGUGCGGACAAGGGGAUGAUGGAGUCGAGUGAGAAGGAUGCCUCGUUGGUGUAG